AUGGUAGGAUGUGCAGUACUUCACAGGCCAACUAAGAACACAUUUUUCCAGAGUAAAUCAAAGUUGGAAAAAAAAAUGUUCACUUUUUGCUGGAUCCUACUAUUGUUUAUCAAAGGAGCAGAGGUUAGAGAGUUUAAUCUGACAGGGUGUCUUCAUAAAGAACCUGAAAGGAUUUAUCAUGCAAUUACUGAUGAAGAGUUUAUCUUGGAAUGUGUUUUGCCAUCCCAACACCGUAUCCACAUGUACAACAACUCAUUUCUCUAUAAAAGUAAUGUGCUGUGGUUCUGGCAACAAAAAGAUGGAGAACCACUGAAGAUUAUCAGCAGUAAAAGUACUAACCCCACUCAGGAAGGGAAUGCACUUUGGUUUAGACCGAUCGGGAUUAACGCUUCUGGAGUAUAUAUCUGUAUGAUAAGGGAAGAAAUCCCAUGUCUCUCAAACGUCAUAAAGGUUCAAGCGAAGAACAAUACAAAUUGUUCGGAUAAUGGCAGAAAUGAGCUGUCUCUUCUCAUUGAAGAGGGACAUUCAAUUUCUUGUCCUGGGAUACACUGUUACAAUCAUUUACAAAGGUCACCAGUGACAUGGUACAAGAAUGGAAUUCGAGUAAUGUUUAAAGAGAUUAGAUCAAGUCUAAAACUUAAGGAUGAUACAAUCUACUUGCGUCGUACCUAUGAGCAAGAUGCUGGUAUUUAUGUAUGUGAUUACAUUUUAUUUGACAACAGCAUCCAGUGGACAAUGAGACGAGUAGUUAGAGUAAAAAUCAUUGCACGAAACACUCUCCACAGCCCAAACAUCUUGUCUCCCAGUGGCAUGAAGACCCUUGAAGUAGAAAUUGGAAAACCUCUUAAAAUUGAAUGCAAAGUAUUUUUUGGCUUUGAAAGCAAUUUUUUGCCCAUGAUAACUUGGUACAGAGACAACAAAGAAAGUAAAAGUGAGCCACUUUUGCAGAAGCCAACACGGAUUCGUGUAGAAGAACUUGAAGGCAAAUCAUUUGUUCAUGUUGCCACGCUCAGGGAAGUUACUGAAAGGGACCUGAACAGCAACUUGAUCUGCUUUGCUCAGAAUUCUGUGGGGAACUCGACAGGAGUGCUCAAGCUAAAAAGGAAGGAAAGAGCACUUUUCAUAUUCAUAUUAUAUGGUGCGAUUGCAGUUCUAGUUGGACUCCUGUUGGGCAGUGCUUUUGUUUACCAGCAUUGGAUCGAAAUAGUGCUGAUGUAUAGAAAUUACUUGGCCAAGGACGAAACUAUAGGGGAUCGCAAAGAAUUUGAUGCAUUUGUGUCCUAUGCAAAACAAGACUCCUUUGAAAGGGAUUCCACUUUUCUUAAUGAGGAACAGUUUGCCCUGGAGGUCCUUCCGGAGGUGUUGGAAAACAAAUACGGAUACAAACUGUGUCUUCUUGAAAGGGACAUUCUUCCAGGAGGAGCGUACACUGAUGAUAUCGUCACAGCUAUUCAACAAAGCAGGAGAGCUAUAAUUAUCUUGAGUCCUGGCUAUGUCAAUGGACCCAGCAUCUUUGAACUGCAGGCAGCAGUGAACUGUGCUUUAGAAGAUAACAUGCUAAAACUGAUUUUAAUUAAGUAUAAGUCGUUCCAAGAGCCAGAGUCUUUACCUCCAAUAGUGAAGAAAGCUCUUAAAAUUUUACCAGUGGUUACCUGGAAAUCUUCUAACUCACCAAACAAACAGUUCUGGAAAUAUAUGCGAUAUCAUAUGCCAGUGAAAAAUACCAGGGGGCUAGGGAAAAACAGUGUAAAGUUUUUUUCCAUAGGUUAUUUAGCAUGGUUAUCAAUAGCAGAAAGGCCACUGGGAGAAGUCAGCAGACUAAGAAAUAGUGAGGUGAUUGUAGAGGAACUUCCUGUAUCUGCUACCACCUGACCACAAAUUUAA